AUGCGAAUCUCUCUUCUACUCGGUUUCUUGGGCACCGCCGUGACUAGCCUUCCUACCAAUGAGCGCGAGUUCGUGGACGCUGGUCGCGGCAAGAUCCCCAUUGGUCGAGCAUGCACAGGAGUUGGAUUGGCAGAAACCUGCACUACCUUGACCAUGACGACUCCAAACGAGUGUGUGACUGCGGUCAGCAAAGAACUCCCACUCGACCGAUGUAUCAUGUCUCUCGAAAUCACCGCCCGCCAACCCUGCGCCUUCUUCUCCCUGGAAGCUUGCAUCAAUCCCGCAGGCACCCACGCUAUGGUCGUCCAAGGUCCAGCCCGACUCCCGACUCUACCGGGAGCGAUGCAAGAUGCGAUUCAAGCGUACAUAUGCGGCCCAAAUGCGACGAACUUCGCGCCGAAUGCGACUAUGGCUGCUGGAACUGUUGUCGUAAAUAUUCCAAAGCAUGUUCGGAAUGUUGAGGUUAAGGAACGGGAUGAUGAGGGUACGAUUCCCGAUGACGGCCGCGGGGCCACCAUCUUCAAACAGCAAGACCUGAUCGGCGAAACAGUUCCUGCCGACAAAACCGCCAUCCCGGGAAACGCUUGGUGCACUGAUCUGACCAUGAUCUAUGGGAACUGGGAUGGUCGAGUACGCUCUCUUGUUGUUCAGCUGGGAUAUAAGUGUCAGUUUUAUACAACCUAUGGAUGUCCAUCUAGCAGCCCAAAACUAUCCCUCGGAUCCAAAGAUGAGUCAACGAAACUGCGGACGCUGAGUGAGGAGUUCGACGAGAAGAUUCAUAGUGUCGUUUGCGUGAAGAUCUAG